GCAAUAUAGUAGCUAACCUAUCAAAGUCCUGCUGUCAAAAUAUCACUUUAUUAAUAAAAAAAAAUAGUCAAAAUGGCAGAAAAUUCUAAUAAUCCAUACGAUAUUAACGGACAGCACUUUAAUCCUGAUAUGUAUUUUCAAAAAUUAUUGAAAGAGUGUACAUUAAAACAAAUUAUGGACCAUGAAGCAGAAAUUAUAAAAAAUACUCAAAUUUUACAUUCUGAUAUGCAAACUCUGGUAUAUGAAAAUUAUAAUAAAUUUAUAUCUGCUACAGACACUAUAAGAAAGAUGAAAACGGAUUUUAAAGAAAUGGAAGAUAAUAUGGAUUUAUUGGCCAAAAAUAUGGAUAGUAUCACUUCUUUUUCAGAGCAGAUUUCAUCAACAUUGCAGGGUACUAGACAACAAAUUGCCAAAUUAUCUUCUGUUCAUACAUUGUUAAAAAAGUUGCAAUUCCUCUUCAAAUUGCCUGGCAAUUUGAAAGAUAAAAUGAAUGAAGAGAAUUACGCACAGGCAGUGCAAGAUUACAUUCAUGCACAACGUGUAUUGAAUCAAUAUGGUAAUAUGCCUUCAUUUCAAGGAAUACAGAAAGAUUGUGAAGAUAUUGUAGAGGAACUCAAGUCAAGACUGAGAAUGCAAUUUCAUAAAAGAGAUGCAUCAACUAAAUCUUUAGCUGAAAAUGUAGAUCUUUUGUUGCAACUAAAAGAACCAGCUGAUUCUUUGUGUGCUGAAUUUCUAACGCAUGCGGAUGAAAGAUUAACAGAACAGUUGGAUGUUCUAAAAGAUAUGUGUGAAAAUGAUAUCAUAGAAUUUGUAGAUAUGGCUAGUUCAGGAUUUUUAAGUGACUUAUGUUUGAUUGUUGCUUCCUAUAAUGAUAUGUUUAUAAAUCGACCACCAUCAGAAGAUAACGAAUUUACCGAUGACUUUGAUACAAAAGCCACUGCACGUUUGAAUAGCUAUAUCAUGAAAAAUAUGAAAAAAUAUUUCGAUUUAAUUGGGAAAAGAGUAGAAAAUGUAGCUGAUACAUCUAUUUUAGUAAAGGCAUUAGACAAAUUCCAUAGACGAUUGCAAGCAAUGAAUAUGUUAUGUAAAGAUACAGACUUUGCAAGAACAGGCACCAAUAUUGUUAUUAAUGCAGGUAGAAAACAAUGUCGCAAUCAUUUAGACAAUUUGAAGUCCCAUUUAAGUGAAACACUUGUUAAAGUGAGACAAAUACUGACAACUAAAACUUCUCAAGAAGGAGAUAAUAGUUUAGCAGAACUCCAGGCAUUGCUUAUAAUGCCUGUCAUAGAAAAAAUUAAAGGAGUUUUACAGGAUUUAUUGGUAUUCUUACAACCAGAUUUGUCAUUUAGUUUAAAAACACAAUUUCUACAAAAUUUUUGUGUGGAUGAAGUUAGAGAAGGCUUAAUAGUUGGAUUUUUGCAUCAUUUAGUGAUCACUGCAAGUAGAUUUUGUGCUGGAUCUGAUAUUCCAAAAUUUCCACCCACUCUUUUACUCUUAUUGAGCAAAAUGUGCAUUGAAUUCAAAGAAAAUAAUGUUAAAUAUUUGCUUACUACUACCGAUGAUUUAUUCAAUAUGAAACAAUACACAUCAUCUGGAAAUGUCAUUACAACUGAAUCAGAGAUCUGCGACAAGUUCCAAGAAGCAGCGCAAAAUUUAUUAAAUCAUUACGUUCGUAUUCAAGGUUUAGCAGUGUCACAAAUGUUAAGGAAAUCUGUCGAAACAAGAGACUGGUUACAUACGAUCGAACCAAGAACAGUCAGAGCUGUAAUGAAGAGAGUCGUAGAAGAUGUAACGUUAAUCGAUACUCAAGUCGCUGCGUUAUAUGACGAUUCUGAUGGUCAAGUCGACAGAAGUAGCGACAGCAGUAGAAAAACCCAUAGCGUGAGUGUGUCCAGACAUCACUACAGAUCAAGCUGGUCAUCGUACACGCCCAAUCAUAUAGAUUCGUCAUUGGUGACGAACAUUCAUAAACUGUUUUCAGAACGUAUAGAAAUUUUUUCGUCGGUUCAAUUUAAUAAAGCCUCAAUUCUUACGGGAAUCAUCAAAAUAAGUUUAAAGACCUUUCUGGAAUGCGUAAGAUUACGAACGUUUAGUAAAUAUGGACUACAACAAAUUCAAGUCGACACCCAUUAUUUACAACUGUAUUUAUGGAGAUUUGUUUCGGAUGAAAAUGUCGUCCAUUUCCUACUAGACGAAAUACUUGGAAGUGCUGUACAUAGAUGUCUAGAACCAGUUUUGAUGGAGCCAAGUGUUGUAGAUAUUAUUUGUGAAAGAGGAUGAAGAAACAGACAGAAGAGGAACAAAUAUAGAAUAUUGUUGUUUCGACUAGUAUAUUGUACAGUUUUUUCUAGCGUAUACAUAUUUUCUUGUAUCACUAUUUAUGAGAAUGAGUAAAUGUUAUGAAGAUUUAUAAUAUGUGAUACCAUGUAUAUUCUUGUAUAUCUUGACAUUAACACUGUACAUUCCACGAAUAAAUUUGGCGACGAACCGUAAGAAACGA